CAAAAUUGAAACGUUUCUCAUGGCUAAGGAAUUGACGUGGAGUAACUUUUGUCCCUCUUCGCGAGAGUGGAAAUGAACACUUCGUCGGCGUUGCCUCUGCUACCAGAUACGUCGCCGUCUACGGUGAACAUGUAUAGAAUCAGCAAAGUUGCGGACCGGUUGGCUUGGCUUGCUCAAACUGGCAGCCGAGGCGACCACCCUUACGAAUUUUAUAAUCUCUGUCUCUCCCUCUCUCGAGGCAUUGAUUAUGCAGUUGCCAAUGGCGAAAAUCCGGCCAAAGCUCAUGAUCUGCCUCUACUGGUGAAACAGAUUUGUAAGCUAAAGAAUGAUGAAUUAUCACAAGCAGCUAUGAUGGUGUUGAUGAUAUCUGUAAAGAGUGCUUGUGAAAUUGGAUGGUUCCAAACAAAAGAGUCAGAAGAACUUGUUACUAUUGCUGAUGAGAUAGGAAAGGUCUACAGCAGCUCGGGGAUUUUAAAUGCUGGACCUAGUUCUUGCAGUUCUGCGAUACCAACAAUAAUGGAGAAGUUCUAUCCAAAGAUAAAAUUAGGUCCAAUACUUACGUCAAUUGAUGCCAAGCCAGGAUAUGGAGCUUUUGCUGUUGACUUCCAUAUUACGAAGAAUAAAGUUCUAAAAGAUAAAAUUUAUUUAUUGGUGGCACAAACAGAUAACAUUGAGACAUCUACAUGCCUCAUAAGUCCUCAGCAAGUGAAUUUUCUCCUCAAUGGAAAAGCGGUAACCAAUAGAACUAAUGUUCAAAUGGAUCCUGGACCACAGAUGCCAACUAAUGUGACUGGUAUGCUUAAAUUUGGGACAAAUCUUCUUCAAGCUGUGGGCCAGUUCAAUAGUCAUUAUAUUGUACUUGUUGCCUAUUUGAGUGUUGCAUCUUUGCCUGAGGAUCCAGUUCUUCAAGAUUAUUUGCAGCCUACUGUUACCUCUGUUGAUUCAGAUUCAGAUAUUAUCGAGGGGGCUUCGCAAAUUUCACUUAAUUGUCCAAUAAGCUUUACACGUAUCAAGACUCCUGUUAAAGGGCGUUCAUGCAAACAUUUCCAGUGUUUUGACUUUGACAACUUCAUUAGUAUGAAUUCAAAAAGGCCAUCCUGGCGCUGCCCUCAUUGCAAUCAGUAUGUCUGUUAUGCAGAUAUUCGUCUUGACCGAGUCAUGGUUGAGAUCCUGAAAAAUGUUGGUGAAAACAUUACGGAAGUGAUUGUCCUUGCUGAUGGAUCAUGGAAGGCAGUCUUGGAAAAGGAUCGUGAUGUGGAUAAGAUGCAGAACAAGGCCCCCAAUUGUGAAAAGGAACAAACUGAGCCGCAAGAAUCUACUUGCUCUCCUAGUACUGUUGACCUCACCAAAGAUGAUGAUUGUUUGGAGAUAAUGGACUCUUGUGAAAUUGCAGAUAGAAAACCUUUCCAGGCAUCUGUUCAUAGUCAGUUUGUUACCCCAAAUUCAACUUCCUUGGGUAUGAACUCUACUGGUAUUAAUCAAAAUGUUGCCGCCCAAAUAGAAGAUGACUUUUGGUCUGGAAUUUAUGUUACCGGUGGUUCUGAGCUACCUGUUCUUCCUGAUACUGUUUCUCCUGCAUUUAAUCAGGAACCUGCAGGUCGUGACAAUAACCCUGUUGUUAACUCUGCCAUGCACAAUUCAUUUUCGGCAACAAACAAUUUGCAGAUGCAGUUGAAUCACAUGAAUUCGGUUAAUGAGUAUGGGAGGUCAUCUUCAAUGCCAAGAAUUAAUAGGACUCCGGUAGCUGUUCAGGCCCUCCCUGUCCAAUCUCAGGCAUUGGGGCCACAGCAAAAUUCAAUAACUAAUUUGAAUAAUUCCGCUGCUACUCCUCAUAUUAAUUUGUCUAACCCAGCCUCUGUAGAUGCUAUCAGUGCCAUACUGAGUGAUACGGAAAGACAGCAACAUUUUUCUCGAUCCCCAAGGAAUCUGCCUCAGGUCUCGGGAGUAAAUUCAACUGCAUUUCAGCAUCAUUCUGCAACACAGAAUCGGGUACCACUAGUUAAUACAUCAGCAUCAACUCUAUUGCAGAACCCAUACAGAGGUAGGUCGUUUUCUGAAUUUAAAAAUCCACAUCUGCAGCAAGCUCUGAAUCCUCGGCCGCCUCAACAGCAAGCUCUGAAUCCUCGGCCGCCUCAACAGCAAAGUCUGAAUUCCCGGCCACCCCAACAGCAAAGUCUGAACUCUCGGCCACCCCCACCAACGAGAUCAUCUAAUGAUAGCCAAUGGUCCCACAUUCAGCAAGGUGUCUCACAAUCUGGGAUUUUUCAGAGUGCCAUAGCUGCUGCACCAGGUGCCAGACAAGGUGGUUCCCAAGGUAGGAGUGUUCCUACAGCUGGAACUAGGUCUAUGGUUUCUAACCAGCCAGCCAGACCAUCGCCAGCAGUUUCAGCUCAAAAUCAAAGUACCGUCACAAGCACAUCUUUUGCAACUGACAGUUUCCAGAAGUUGACAGGAGAGCAAAGAGGAAAUCCACCACAGGCCGUUUCUAGGCCUGAUGAAUUAUUCAGUAUGCAAGCAGAACAAAAUUGGGUUCCCACUGGACGAAUGCGUGGAAGUCUAGAUUUAAGUCAGCAUUAUGAUGAUUCAAUUACGCAGCGAAUAAUUGCACCAACACAACAACAACAACAAAAUCAAAGUUCAAGGCAACAUGUUCCACAACCUGUCCGACGGAUCAGUGGGCCGUCCCAACUGGAUGUGCUUACUGCAAACAAUAGAAAUGCAAAUGCUCAUAAUCGUUCUUCCAGUAGGUAACACUUCUGCAAGGCUUCACUUGCACAUGUUUGGAAGACUUCAGAGAGCUGCACUUCAACUUCAUCUGUUGUAAAUAAAGUUGAUGAAGUCAAGUUAAAAGAAAGGCAAGGAAGAAAGAAUUCAAACAAAGCAUGACUUUCGGUACGAUAUCUGAUUUGGGGGAGGACACCCAUUUUAUGCACGCGGCCUGUGUUGAGCGGGAUAAAUCACAUUACAAAUUGAGACUUUGAUUAGGAACCAAGUUAUCUUGUAGCAAUAUAUGGGAAGUUACUAUUUUGACUAACAAGACAGAUAUUCAAGGUUUGCUUUUUCUGUUCCAUAAAUAUUAUUUCAGACAACUUAUUCUUAUUUUCAUACUUUCGUAAUGUGUGAAUGAUAAAUUUUAAAAUUUUUGGAA